GAGAGAGAGAGGAGACAGACAGAGAGGAGAGACAGAGAGAGAGACAGACAGACAGACAGAGAGGGCAAGAGACAGAGACAUACAACAUCUAAACAUCAAGGACGCACAUCCUGCUUUUUGUCAGAUCCGUUGCAAGUGUCAACAAGAAAGAUUCCCGAAAAACAUCGAAAUUUUUUGUGUUGUUUAUUCGGUUUGUUGUGAGCCGGAGGCGAGCAGAGUGUUUGUUUGACUCGGGGUGCCAGCGAUAAGUAGUGACGAGUGGACGCCAAUUGUCAACCACAAGGUCAGAUCUCCCAGCGGUACGGCGGGCUCCCGGGGGCCCUCCACAUGCUGCAGCUGGAGAAGGGCCGAGCCGGCCUGGGCCUCAGCCUGGCGGGGAACAGGGACCGCGCCCGCCGCAGCGUCUUCGUGGUGGGCAUCGACCCCCAGGGGGCGGUGGGGCGCGACGGACGCAUGGCGGUGGGGGACGAGCUGCUGGAGAUCAAUGGGCAGAAGCUUCACGGCCACAGCCACCAGAACGCGUCUUCCAUCAUCAAGAGCUCACCUUCUAAAGUCAAGAUCAUUUUCGUCAGGAACACCGGGGCCCUGGGCCAGAUGGCCGUGGGGCCGGUGGGAGCGGGCCUAGAGGAGGAGUGCCCCCAGGAGCAGCCCCCCGUAGAGUUUGAAUCGAGCUCCCCGUGUGAGGCUGAGAGAGAUGAGGCCGACAAGGAGGAACACGACCCACACCAUAUCGUACAACACAAGGACGACGGCGAGCUAGGCAUCACCUUCCUGGACGGGGACACCUCGCAGGGGGUGGAGGUUCAGAGCAUAUCGGAGAUGCAGGGACACACGGCGAAGGAGGGUUGCAUGAAACCGGGGGAUAAACUGUUGACAGUGAACGGUGAAUCUGUGCUGGGCUACUCCCUAGAGAAGAUCUACUCACUGCUGAGGAACACCACGGGGCCGGCCAAGAUAACCUUCUGCUCGGACAAGAGCCUUCCUCCCUGCACCACCUCCUCGUCCUCUUCCUCGUCCUCCCUCUGCCCAACGGUGGACGCCGUGGUCAGCAGCCAGAGCCAGGGGGCGUCCAUCGACGCGGGCCUCACCAGCUCUCCCAGCAUGCCUUGCAGCAGCUUGGACUCCAUCGACCAGGCGGAACCGGAACUCGUCAGCAGUCCGAGUCGCCCUUUGACCCCGAGCACCCUGACCUCUGACCCCUCGACCUGCCCCAUUAUCCCCGGCUGUGAGACCACCAUCGACAUCUCCAAGGGCCGGACGGGCCUCGGUCUCAGCAUCGUCGGGGGCAUCGAUACCCUGCUGGGGGCCAUCAUUAUCCACGAGGUUUACGAGGAGGGGGCGGCCUCCAAGGACGGCCGGCUGUGGGCAGGAGACCAGAUACUGGAGGUGAACGACAUGGACCUGCGGGCGGCCAGCCACGACCAGGCCAUCAGCGUGCUGCGCCAGACCCCCCAGCAGGUGAGGCUGCGGGUGUACCGGGACGAGGCCCAGUUCAAGGAGGAGGACCUGUGGGACACCUUCACCGUGGAGCUCCUGAAGAGCCCCGGCCAGGGCCUGGGCCUCAGCAUCGUGGGAAGAAGGAGUGACACGGGCGUGUUCGUGUCGGACAUCGUCAGCGGGGGCCUGGUGGACAGCGAUGGCCGUCUGAUGCAGGGCGACCAGAUCCUGUCCGUCAACGGCGAGGACGUGAGGUCCUCCACCCAGGAAGGGGUGGCGGCCAUUCUGAAGUGCUGCGUGGGGCCCAUCGUCGUGGAGGUGGGCCGGUUCAAAGCGGGGCCCUUCCACUCCGAGAGGAGGCUGUCCCAGGGCAGCGGCCCCGUGGGGCUGGCCUCCUCGCCCAGCGACCCGGGGAGCCAUGGCGACAUGGAUAAACACGGCCGGAGUCAGGAAUCUCUGGACCAGCAGGAGGUCCGGGACGUGCAGUUCACCAAAGGGCCCUCCGACUCACUGGGCAUCAGCAUCGCGGGGGGCCUGGGCAGCCCCUUGGGGGAUGUUCCCAUCUUCAUCGCCAUGAUGAACCCGGGGGGGCUCGCCGCCCAGACCCAGCAGCUCAAGACGGGCGACCGGAUCGUGAGCAUCUGUGGAACGCCAGCGGACGGCAUGACCCACACACGGGCCGUGGCUCUGCUGAAGAGCGCCACGGGCACCAUCGAGCUGCAGGUGGUGUCCGGUGGUGACACCACAGUGACGGGCCCACCAGAGGCCCAGGCGUUGGAGGCUCUCACACCCAGCUGCAUCUUCCAGGACGACCUCAGCCCCCCGCAGUACAAGUCCAUCACCCUGGACCGGGGACCCGACGGCCUGGGCUUCAGCAUCGUGGGGGGCUACGGCAGCCCCCACGGAGACCUGCCCAUCUACGUGAAGACCGUCUUCGGAAAGGGCGCGGCGGCGGAGGACGGGCGCCUGAAGCGCGGGGACCAGAUCAUGGCGGUGAACGGCGUGACGCUGGAGGGCGUGACCCACGAGGAGGCCGUGGGCAUCCUGAAGAAGACCAAGGGCACCGUCACCCUCACCGUGUUGUCGUAGAAACCGUCCCCGUCCCCGUAGCAACACCCGUGGACCACCACAACAGAUGAACUCCUGGCGUAUCAUUAAAUGUAUGCAUAUUAAACCCACUGACCAUUGUGCACACACACACACACACACACACACACACACACACACACACACACACACACACACACACACACACACACACACACACACACACACACACACACACACACCCUUGUUGUAGCUUUAUUUUAUACAAUACUUAAAACUAUGAAUCUCAUUUUCGGGAACGCCCACACACAGUCGUAGCCUAGCGUAGCUGAACCACACGGCGUCCGCGAAUACUUAAUAUCCGAGUUAAACCGGAUACACUCGUUCAUACACACUCUGGGGACGGACUGGAGGGCAAUAAUUACGUGGGGUGUUUGGUAAUAAAACACUAAAAUGACAUGGGGCUGCUUUGCGUUGAAGAUAACGGUUAUAAAACCGCAAUAUAAAAACCUUGGUUGUACCAAUUGAGUUGCUUUGAAUAUAAAAGAUGAAUUGAGAAGUAUUUAAACACUUGAGAGUCAAUUAGUGAUCAUCUGUGUUAUUAUUAUUUCACUGUAUCACUGUUCUGUCCUGGGGUGUGCGUAGCCACUGUUAAUACAUGUAUAAACUGUUUGAUUCUAACUCAAUGGUAGAUGCUGCUAAAACUGCUGUUUAAAAUGGGAUCCGAUUCACAAAGUCGCCGCGUGGGGGGAGUGAUCCCACCUCAUCCACUGAAAUCUAGCGCUGCUAAAGCAACCUUUACACGACAGUAUUCUGUAAAUACCUGAAGACCCGUGAGCGCGUGAGCCUGGGCUGAAUCAUAUCCAAGAGCACAUUUAUCCAGUAUCCUUUGUAUCGUUGCUGUAGACCAUUGAGGGCUAUAUUCCCGGGUGUAUUAUGAUGAGCCAGAACUCAAAGACGUACUCGGUAUAAUUACGUACCGUCUGCUAGGUUUCACAUCAAUGAACUCGUUCUUCCGUUCGUAUAUCACUGAACGUCUGGUUUCUCUAGGCUCGGCACUGGGUACUACCGAUUCUGUUUCCUCGCUGUGAAUUUAAUAAAAGUGACCUUCAGACUCA